CUCCUAAUCUUUUUCAAAAUUCUUAUAUGCUUCCAAAUAUAUUUGAAUUAGAUCGCAAAUCGCUAUCACACAUAUUUCACUUUCCCACGCCGCCGUGCGUGAAAAAAAUGAUCGAACGAAAUACCGAAAAGCGAAAGCAGAGAGUGAGCGAAGUCACCUGGAGAGGGAUCACUCGUCCGUUUCUUCACUCUGUUAUUUUCAGUUCUUUGAUUGACUUCGAUUUACCGGAAAUCUUAUGCUUGAUCCGCUGGGAAGUGCGAACUCCGGCUGUUGGUGUUCCCCGGAAACGUUGAAUUCAUGUCGAUAAGUCAUAAAACUAGGGUUUCUUUGCCGAAAGAUACUUCCUUUUUGCCAUUUAAGGCAGCUUUUGCCCUGGGGAAAUGAGCCUACGAGUGUCCGUAGGAUUUAGGGUCUGGUUGAUCAACGACUACGAUUUCGUCACCGGAUGGAGGGAGAUAGCUUCUUAGACCUGCACCUGCUUAUUCUGGGAUGCACCCAUGGAUUAUGAUGACAAUGAUUUCCAAAACCAGAAUUUUCAGUUAGGUGCUGAAGAGAAUACCAAAUUUCCUCCAGGAUUACGUUCAUAUGCCCUUCCCAAGUUUGAUCUGGAUGACAGUCUUCAUGUCCACCUAAGGUUUGAUAGUUUGGUUGAAACUGAGGUUUUACUUGGUAUCCAAGGUCAAGAAGAAAACCAGUGGAUUGAAGAGUUCUCACGGGGAAAUAGUGGGAUAGAAUUUAGUUCAGGUGCUACUGAAUCUUGUUCUAUUUCGAGGCACGAAAAUGUUUGGUCUGAGGCUACAUCCUCAGAAUCUGUUGAAAUGUUAUUGAAAUCUGUUGGGCAGGAUGAAAUGAUCACAGGAAAAACUGUUAUCAAGGAGUCAGAUGCUUGUGAUGGAGUCGGUAGAUUAACUAGUCAAAUGGAACCCACUUUGAAUCAAGAUGGUGCCGCUCCAUCAAAUAUUGGGGAUACUAUAGAUGCAGGCCCUAUAUUACCACCUGAUGAGUGUCUGGAGAGCUUUUCAGGGUUAAGUCAGGAUGUCGUGGACAUGUUGCCCCAGGUUGAGAUUGAGGCUACACCUCAAACUCAAAAAUGUGAAAAAUCUGACUGUGAAAGUUUGAGAGAUUUGGAUCCAAGUAUGAUUGGUGAAAAGUUGACCUCACCAUUGAGUGAGGGUAACCUGGUAAUUGACAAAAAAUGCAGUGAUGCAAAUGAGAGGGAAGAUGGUUCUCUGGUUGUUAAAUCUAAGGAAAACAAGCCACAGGACAAUUCAGCAACAUCUGAGAGCAUGCAAGUUGAUAACUUGUUUAUCUCUGUGCAGAGUCUUGUUUCAAGUGUUGAUGAGUUUAACACCCAAGAUAAUCAACAGGAGGCAAAGGAUGGUUCUGAGCAGAUUAUCACGUAUGAGAAUCAGGAUGCUAAGCAAGAACUUGAUUCUGGGAAAAAUGUGGAAGACCAAGUUCUGAGUAAGGAUGUUCAUCUGGAUGAUCAAAAUUGUAAAGGAAAUGCAGUUGCAACUAUUGCCAAUAAUCUAGAGAACCAUUCAAGCUCUGUGCUGGAUGUUGAUUCCACAGUGCAGUUAAAGGAAGGAUGCAGUGAGUGUUUAUGUUCUGAACAACCUGUUGAGGUCAGCAAAAAUGAGGUUGUGGUUUUGCCCAAAAGUGGUGAGAUAGGUGAUAAAAUUGUAGAGACACAUGACUCUUCAUCUAUGUUGGUAAAAGGGGAUGAUAGUCUUGAAGGAACUGCUGUUAACAUCUGUGAUAGUGAUGAAGGAAUUCCAUCCAGUCCAGUGUUGGAGAUUGACUCUCUAGCACAGAUAACAGAGGGACAGGGCCCAAUUGUAUCUUCUGGGAAUCAGGAACACUUGUUAGAAGAUGAUGGCCACAAACUUGAAUGUGGUGUUUCGGUCUGUAAUACUGAGACAUCUUUAUUGAAAGUGGAAGACAACAAACUGCUUGAAACCGAGUUUGACUUUAGCAGCAAUAGCCAUAUUGGAAGUCCUUCCAUUUUGAUGGCAGAGAUCUGUUCCUCAACUAACAUAACACAUGAAACACAAGCAACUGAAGAUAUAGAAAAUGGUCAUAAUGGUUUGGGAGUUCAGUGUGAUAAUGACACUUCAGAGGAUCAUGUUUCAAUUUCCGUUAAUGUUGAAUCAUCACAAACUUGUAGAAGUAGUUCGGUCAUUGAGCCCAGUGAUGUUUGUAAUAUUCAUAAAGAUGUUCCUGUUAUUGAAAAGGAGAAUGAGAGGAUGACUACUGGUUCAGGUAACAAUGAAAGUGAAAAUGCUGGCUCUCUUGUUAUGGACAAGUGCAUAGCAUCUUUAUCUCAUGGUCAAUGUACUGCUGAAGCUGAUGUGGUUGUUCAUGUAUCAAAGUCUGAUCCGCUUAUUGGCAAUGAAUCAGGAGAUGGCAAGUCAUCUUUAUGUGUUGGGAAUUUCACUUGCUUGGAAAAAAGAGAAGAAUCUGUAACUGAAACACUUACAGGACCAAGUUUGUUGGUUACAAAUGAAUGCUCUUCCAUGCCAAGUGAGCCGGUUUCUAUUUCUGAAGAUGAAAAACCUGCAUCUUGUGAUGGUGUUGGAGAGCAACUGCCUGAGUCAUUUUCCCAGUCCUCAUUAUCCACUGAAACUGUUGGUACAAAUUUCCAUAAUGAACCUGAAGCUGUGGUAGCUGACAAAGUUAAUCAAGACCACUUUGGUGAAUUGGAAACUCAACCUAGUAUCGAUGAUUCAGUUCUGAAAGAAAACAACGGUGCUGGUGAUACAAGAAUUUCUGCUGAGAAAUGCAAAGAGUCAUUCUCGAAAACCACAGGAAGAAAUCCUGAUCAUGGACAGAACCUGACACAGACAGAAAUGCCAUCCAUAGAGGUGUCCUCCCAUAAUGUUGGACUAAAGGAUAAGGAAGAAAAGAAAUCUAAUUUAGUAGCUGGAGGCAACAAUGACCAACAGAACAUCCUUGUGCAUGCCAAAGAUGUUCCUGUAAAUGGUAGUGAGGUCUCCUUUAAACCUGCUGCUGAUUUCCAAGACCAUCCUCUGGGAGUUGGAGAUAGUAUUCCAGGUUCUGAUGAAUGUAAUUGUGGUUCACCCAUUGUUAUUAGUUCAAGUGAACUUACUCAAAAUAACAAAGAAAAACAGGAGGGGCAGAAUGGUUCGUUAGACCAGAAUGCCUGUGUUUCUGAUUCUGUGGAGGAGAUAGGCUGUAAAAUGGGAUCUAGCGCUAAUGAUCUUAAAGGGAAUGAUGCGACUGAGAAUGAUAGAAGCUUCACUUUUGAGGUGAGUGCACAAGCUGAUUUGCCUGACAGAGAGACUGACAGGGGAUGGAGACCAUUUCCCUGUAUUCAGCCCUAUGAAUUUCCUCAGGCCGUGGAAGGUUCUCCAACAACAUAUGGAUUAAGCCAAAUGGAUCCUAAGGUGUUACAAGAAACUUCUCAGGGAAACCAUCAAGCAUCUGAAGUGGAAGAUCUACGUGCUAGUUCUAAGGGUACACCUGAGCCUAAAAGUAGGAGAAGAUCUGGCAAAGCAACUGACAGAGAAGCUGCUAAAGAUGGGAAGUCUUUAAAAGAUCCUCCCAGGCAGACAAAGGAUAGGGGUGGAAAUUCAUGCAAUGUAUCUUCUAGCUCACGUGGGACACUAAGCCAGGCUGUUCAAGGUGAAGAAAUGAGAUCCUAUGGGUAUAUUGAAGGCAGUGUUGCAAAACCUUGUGGUGUUCCAACUGUUCAGACAUCUACCUUGCCAGAUUUGAAUAAUUCAGCUUCCCCAUCCUUGCUGUUUCUGCAGCCUUUCACAGAUUUACAACAAGUGCAAUUGCGUGCUCAGAUCUUUGUUUAUGGAUCUUUGAUCCAAGGAACAGCACCUGAUGAGUCAUGUAUGGUUGCAGCCUUUGGUGAUUCUGUAUUGAACUUCACAGAUGGUGGAAGAAGCUUAUGGGAUAAUGUGUGGCAUGCCUCCUUAGAGAGGCUUCACAAUCAGAAAUGCUUGCACAGUAAUCCUGAGACUCCUCUGCCAUCACAUCUAGGUUCAAGGGUUUCUGAACAAUCAAGUAGGCAAAGUUCUCUCCAAAGCAAAACCCUUUGUACUCCUAGUCGAUCUGGUGGUAAGGGUAAUCCUUCAGCAACUAUAAAUCCUGCAAUUCCCCUUUCACCCCCCUUGUGGAGUAUUUCAGCCCCUUCCCGUGAUGGAUUACAGCCUAGCAGCUCACUUCUGGAUGCUAGUCAGGCAAUUUCUCCAUUGCAUCCUUAUCAGUCUCCGCACAUAAGGCAAUUUGUGGGAAAUACCAGCCCCUGGUUGUCUCAAGCCCCUUCUGCUGUGCCCUGGAUUGUUUCUCCUCCAACUUCAGUGCUUGAUGCCAGUGCUCAUUACUCUGCCUUUCCCAUUUCACAACCUGGUCAGACCUCUAUCCGAGAGUUAUCAGUACCUCAAACCUCUGGUAUGCAGCAUUCCCCUCUGAGUUCUUCAGUUCCUUCUGGGGGUCCUGGACCUCUGCUUGAGGCAAAAAGAACAACAGUGUCACCUAGCAAGAAUGGUUCUGCUGAUCCAAGACUUAGAAAGAGAAAAAAGAAUCUAGCUUCUGAAGAAGAUGGCAGCAUCUCUUUGGUUGCCCAGCCUCAAACUGGAUCAGUUUCAGCUGCAGUAGUUACUUCUGUUGCUACCAUAACCCCUGCCGUCUCUACAGCUAAAGUUGUUACUGCAAAUUUAACUGCUUCAUCCACAUCUUUGACACAGCACCAGAUAAUAGGGGGUCAGGACUUGGACCAGAGGGUUAUCUUUUCAAAAGAGUCAUGCAGUAAAAUUGAACAAGCUAAGCAACAAGCAGAAGAGGCUGCUGCUCUUGCUGCUACUGCAGUCAGGCACAACCAGAGCAUAUGGAGUCAGCUAAAUGUGCAGAAGACUUCUGGUUUGAUUUCAGAUGUUGAAGUUAAAUUAGCUUCUGCAGCUGUUGCAGUAGCAGCAGCUGCUUCGGUUGCAAAGGCAGCAGCAGCAGCUGCUAAGGUUGCAACAGAUGCUGCAUUGCAAGCUAAACAGAUGGCUGAUGAGGCUUUACUCUCAAGACGAACUGGGCAUCAUGCUCAAACUACUGAAGCUUCUUUCUCUGAUAGUGUGAAGAAUAUGGGAAUGGUAACACCUGCAUCAAUCUUGAAGUGUAGAGAUAAGAUCGACAGUUCGAGUUCAAUCAUUUUUGCUGCAAAGGAGGCUGCUAGGAAAAGGGUUCAAGCUGCUUCAGCUGCCACAAAGAGGGCAGAGAACCUGGAUGCAGUGGUGAAAGCUGCUGAACUGGCAGCUGAAGCUGUAUCACAGGCAGGAACUAUUAUUGCAAUGGGUGAUCCUAUACCUUUGGCAAUGAAUGAUUUAGUAGAAGCUGGUCAAGAUGGUCAUUGGAAAGUACAACAAGUCUCUUCAGAGAAGUUUUCUAAGUCAAGCAAUACAAAUGAAGGACAAUCUAACCUGGAUUGUGUUGGAGAAGGUCUUGAUAAUUCUGCUUCUCAUUUGAAUGAGCAGUCAUCAAGGAAGCAAGAAACAGAACGAGUUACAGACCCGGGAAAGUUAUCUUCAAAAGAGCUGUCUAGGCCACUGGUGGAGAACCACAUGGGAUUGGUGAAUGGCGUUAGGAGCAGCGAAAAGGGAUUGGGGGGACAAAAAGGUCGUAAAGCAUCUGAAUCUGCCAAAGCCAUUGGGAUUGUCUCUGAAUCUGAGAUUGGAUCAAGAUUUGGUUCUGUUCCUUUCCAAAAUAAGGACCAUGAAGGAAAUCACUCAGCAAGGUCUUCAAAAGAGAGUAGCAUUAAAGAGGGUUCUGUUGUAGAGGUUCUUUCUGACAAGGAUGGUUUUAGGAGGGCCUGGUUUGCUGCCAAGGUACUAAGUUUGAAGGAUGGACAAGCUUAUGUUUGUUACACUGAAGUUCUGCCUGAUGAAGGCUUUGGUCAGCUAGAAGAGUGGGUGCCACUUGAAGGUGAAGGUGAUAUACCACCAAGGGUGCGGAUUGCUCAUCCUCGGACUGCCAUGAAAUUUGAGAAGACAAGAAAGCGACGUAGAGCAGCCAUUGUUGACUAUGCUUGGUCUGUUGGAGAUAGGGUGGAUGCAUGGAAACGUGAUGGCUGGUGGGAAGGAAUUAUUACAGAAAAGAGCAAGGAAGAUGAAACGUCUUUGACUGUCCAUUUUCCAGCUCAAGGUGAUACAUUGGUUGUUAAAGCCUGGCAUCUUCGACCAUCUCUCUUUUGGAAGGAUGGGCAAUGGAUUGAAUGGUCCCGUUCAAGGGAAGAUAACCCCUAUGUUCACGAGGGCGAUUCUCCUCAGGAAAAGCGGCCAAAGUUGGGAAGACAUGGAGCUGAAACAGAUGUUGCAGUUGAGGUGAGUGGCAUAGACAAUACAGGGAAACCUGAGGAGGCAAGACCUCUGGCUUUAUCUGCUAAUGAAAAAAUGUUUACUGUUGGGAAGAGUACCAAAGAAGGAAAUAGUUCUGAUGCUCCCAGAACAAAGAGGACUGGUUUGCAGAAGGAAGGUUCUAGGGUUGUUUUCGGUGUUCCUAAACCUGGAAAGAAAAGGAAAUUCAUGGAAGUAAGCAAACAUUAUAUUGUAGAUAAAGGUGGCCAGACAACUGAAGUAAAUGAUUCAAUUAAAUUUACAAAGUACUUGAUACCUCAAGGAUCAGGACCUCGUGGAUGGAAAAAUACUUGGAAAAUUGAUUCUGCAGGAAAACAAGCAUCUAAAUCCAAGCCCAAGCUGCUUAAGUCAGGGAGAACAGGUGGAAACAAUUCUGAGAAAGAUAGUUCUUCAAUGUCUGUCAUCUCUGUCUCAAAGGAUGGCACUGUGCAUGGUCAUACCAAAGCUUCUGUUAGCCAUGAUGAACACAUGUCAGAAAAGAAAAACCAGUUGGAACAUUGUUCUCUUUCUGAUAACAACAAAGCCGCCGAGGAUUCAACCUUAUUUUCUUCAGUUGCUCGUGCAUCUGAUGCUCCUUCCUCCAAGAAGAAGUCCUCUUCUAUUGAAACCACCCUGAGGACUAAAGGAAAAGCUGCACCUUCUGGUCAGAAGUUGGCUAGAAGUGAAGAAAAGGAUGCUGGUCAGUAUGAUAAUACUGCAAAACAAGUUCCUGAUGUCAUUGAGCCUCGGAGAUCAAAUCGGAGGAUUCAGCCAACAUCAAGGCUAUUGGAAGGGCUACAGAGCUCCUAUAUUAUCUCCAAGAUACCUUCUGCUCCACAUGACAAGAAUACCAAAACUCAACAUAGAAGUGCUCCAUCAUCAAGGGGAAAUAACCACAGCUAAGAGGAGCUUCUGCCAUGUGCCAAGAACUAAACCAUUGAGUGCCAAAUAUCUUCUGUAGUUUGUGUAAAUAGUAAUUGUCAGAUUUUAGGAGAGAGCCAUGGAAAACCAUUAUUUUUUCUUGGGUUUCACAUGUAAUGUGCGAUAAGAGGCUUAUACCAAAUUUAGUUUUUUUUUUGAACUAGUAUGAGCACUGCUUUCUCUAGGUUUCUUCCCAAAGAAAAUAUUUUAUAGGAAA